AUGUUCUUCCGCUUAGAUAUGGAAUUGACAGUGGCACUGGAUGGAGAUCCUUUGGCCAAACAGUCCGUGAUGCUCGACUCAGUGGUGUCGGGUGAGGAGAGGUCGAUUGCACAGGUGCCGAAACGCAAGAUGACAUAUCGUGGACGUCGAGGCACAAGAAGCAGUGGCGGUGGUAAUGAAUCUGUGAUGCGCGUAGACUUUGGCGGUGUGGCACAACAGAAGAGUUGCACACCAGUAGAUGCAGAGGCACCGACGAAGAAGCCGUGCCGCGUGUCUGAAGGCGACAAGAGCGAGACAGGAGAAGGUAUUGGCGUUGAAGAGGAAGGCGGUGGCGUAGGAGAAGGAGGUUAG